CUACGAUAUGGCGAGCUCACUGACAACGAAGUGCGGCUCCAGUUUGCCUGGGACAUCCUGCAGCCCUCCGGCGGCGGCGACACGUACGAGGCUCAGUACCAGGCAGGCAUCGACCCGGACUGGAACUGUCCCCAGAACCUCCCCGCCAACCCGGGAAUCAUUGUUGACGGCGACGCUUCCGUUGCCUGCACCGCAUACGACUACCCGUCCCAGGAGCAGUUCCUCGCUGCCAGAAAUGACCAGAACAAACUGUUCGUUUUCCUCACCACCACAGAUGUGGCCGACUUCUACAAGCAACUAAGCGAGAACAAGCUGCAACAGCCGCCAGCAUUCCACCAAGUCAUACAGCAAGACUCCUCCAACCUCGUAGAGGCACUCAUUCAAGCGCUCCAGGGGGUUGCCCAGGUCGCCUGCCCGCAAACGACAACUCCUGCACCGGUCACAACCGCUGCAGCGCCAGAGACCACCAUUCCUGCGACUCCCACAGCUCCUACUACUACCCCGGCUCCGACUCCGGCUCCUACCACUACCCCGGCUCCGACUCCGGCUCCUACCACUACCCCGGCUCCGACUCCGGCUCCUACCACUACCCCGGCUCCGACUCCGGCUCCUACCACUACCCCGGCUCCGACUCCUACCACUACCCCGGCUCCGACUCCUACCACUACCCCGGCUCCGACUCCGGCUCCGGUCACUACCCCGGCUCCGGUCACUACCCCGGCUCCGGCCACUACACCGGCUCCGGCUCCUGCCACGACCAUUCCGGCUCCGGCCACGACCAUUCCGGCUCCGGCCACGACCAUUCCGGCCGCCACGG